GCUGCACUAGCGCGAGCGGGCUGAGCAGUGCGAUAGCUCGAGUUCAGAAACCAUGUGAUAGCUGUGAACGGAUUGUAUAAACAUGUACUAUGAAACCGUCUGAGAUGUUGUAAGCUUGGGCGCCUGCGUGCCCGCGGCAGUUCCGGCCGAUGCGCCCGAUGAGGCGAUGGCAGCGAGGCCCUCGCCAAGGCGCUCGUUCCCACCUUUCUUUCUCUCUUUCCUUGCAUUAGGGGCUUCAGCCACAAGUGCGAGCAGCCAAAAUGGUUUCCGCUCGCAGCAAGAAGAUUGUGAAGGAGCGGGGUCAGGAGCCCGAUGAGUUCGAGGAGCAGGUGGCCCAGGCCCUGUUCGACCUGGAGGCUACCAACGCGGAGCUGAAGGCCGACCUGCGUGACCUCUACAUCACCUCCGCCAAGGAGGUCGAUGUCGCCAACGGCGCUCGCAAGGCGAUCAUCAUCCACGUGCCCUACCGCCUGCUGAAGGCUUUCCACAAGAUUCAGCAGCGCCUGGUGCGCGAGCUGGAGAAGAAGUUCAGCGGCCGCGACGUGGUGAUUGUCGGCAACCGCCGCAUCCUGCCGCCCCCCCGCAACGGCAAGACCGCCUCGCGCCCCCGCAGCCGCACCCUGACCGCGGUGCACGACGCCAUUCUGGACGACCUGGUGUACCCCACGGAGAUCGUGGGCAAGCGCAUCCGCUACCGGCUGGACGGCUCCAAGAUCCUGAAGGUGCACCUGGACCCCAAGGACCGCAACUCCACCGAGUACAAGCUGGAGACCUUCGGCAGCGUGUACAAGCGCCUCACAGGCAAGGACGUGAGCUUCGAGUUCCCGGUCGCCGAGUCCUCGUAAAGCAAGAGAGUGUGCGGGCACUCCCUGUGCUAGUCUUGGUGUAACGUUAUUCUCCGGGAACAUGUGUACUUCCACUGACUGACUGUCAUCAGCUUGUCUCCAAAGAGCCAGCCGCGGCCAGGCCAGCAGGUGCACGGAAGGCUAGUACGGCAGCCGCUGCAGCAUCAUGCAGCGUGAGCCGCUGUAGCAUCAUGCAGCGUGCUGAUCUGCAGUCGCCAAGUCAGUGGAAGGAUUUACAGUGGGGCAGGUAGUGCAAGGAAUUAUGAGCUCCAGUGCUGAGCAGUGUUCACCAUGUGGCCCUGUCGGACUGCGGAGACCGUGCUUACGGCAACGCACAAGCCCACUUCCCUAGGAAGUGACUCACGGUCUGGACGUCUGGUCCCGAGCCUCAAAAUCCUAAUAUCCGCAAUGCGGUACAGAGUUGCAUACCUGUGCAUACGGACAUGCAUUGACGUGCUUGGAAGAACGCAACACAAGCGAACAUGACGACGUGCAUCAGGUUCAUGACCGCUGCUGCGUGAAGAGCUAAGCCGAGUUGUUGGACUUGCGAACGGUACCGUAACACAAAUAUUAUUGGGAACAUGCAAAAUGCACCCUACAGUGCCCACAAGGGAACAGCAGAACCCCUCGUACUGACGGCCGGGGGAGGCGAGGGUGGCUGAGUUGGCUCCCGGCGGCCACGUGCUGCAACCGGCCCUCGGACAGUCGGAU